UGCUUCUUUCUCCUCUCCUAUAAGAAGCAGCAGCAAUGGCGUCUCUACUCGGACUCCUCUUCUCUUCUCUUCUCUUCUCAGAGCGCUGCGAGGCAAGGAGGCGAGCAAGAAGCGGCGGCGAGGUUGCCAUGGACGAGGCGGAGGCGGCGGCGGCGGCGGCGAAGAUGGACGAGCUGGCGGGAGGAGGAGGAGGAGGCGGCGGCGACUGGUCGUACCUCGCGGCGGACGCGCUGGCGGCGGCGUCGUUCACGGCGUUCCCGUUCCACCACCACCACCACCACCACCACCGCGACGUGCUCUCGGCGUCGACCCCGUCGUCGCUGCUCCUCAACAUGGACGCGGCCACCGCCGCGGCCAUGUUCGACUUCCAGGCGGCCUUCCCGUCGUCCUCCGUCCCGCCGCCGCCGCCCACGACGACGGCGGCGCUCCCGCCGUUCCACGACUUCGCCUCCUCCAACCCGUUCGACGACGCGCCGCCCCCGUUCCUCGCGCCGCCGGGGCAGAAGCUCGGGUUCCUGGGGCCCCCCGGCGGCGCGUUCGGCGGCGGGAUGGGGUGGGACGACGACGACGAGAUCGAGCAGAGCGUGGACGCCUCGUCCAUGGGUGUCUCGGCCUCGCUGGAGAAUGCCGCGCCCGUGGCGGCCGGAGGAGGCGGCGGCGGUGGCGGCGGCGGUGGGAGGGGCAAGAAGAAGGGGAUGCCGGCCAAGAACCUCAUGGCGGAGCGGCGGCGCAGGAAGAAGCUCAACGACCGCCUCUACAUGCUGCGCUCCGUGGUGCCCAAGAUCAGCAAGAUGGACAGAGCUUCUAUCCUUGGUGAUGCAAUUGAGUACUUGAAGGAGCUCCUGCAGAGGAUUAACGAUCUUCACAAUGAACUUGAGUCUGCUCCUAGCUCUUCGCUUACUGGACCAUCAUCGGCUAGCUUCCACCCAUCAACACCCACAUUGCAGACGUUUCCUGGCCGCGUUAAGGAGGAACUUUGCCCAACCUCAUUUCCAAGCCCUAGUGGUCAACAAGCCACGGUCGAAGUUAGGAUGAGGGAAGGUCAUGCAGUCAAUAUCCACAUGUUCUGCGCACGCAGGCCCGGCAUUCUGAUGUCCACAUUGAGGGCUCUCGACAGCCUUGGCCUCGGGAUCGAGCAGGCGGUCAUCAGCUGUUUCAAUGGGUUUGCAAUGGAUGUUUUCCGCGCCGAGCAAUGCAGGGAUGGUCCUGGACUCGGGCCUGAAGAAAUUAAGACCGUGCUCCUGCACUCUGCUGGCCUUCAGAACGCAAUGUAAUCAGCAAGUCAGAAAGCAGUCAAGACCAAUGCACUGGGAUUUGAUCAGUGAUCAUUUGCAUCAGAUGAUCUGGUUUAUCAAAAAGUUAUAGUAAGUAUGGCAUAUAUGCUGUUUAUCUAGGAGAACUGAUGAGAUGAGGCUCGCCAUCUAGAGACAUGUGUGAUGAUGAUGAUGUAACUGGGUUUCUUUCUUUCUGUUGUCGUUUUUUUUUCUGAAUGUUGUUUGUGAUGUAAUAGGAUCUUUGUCCAUUGAAACCAUGUCCAUUAUCAUGAUGAGAAUAUGAACCCAGUGUCUUUUGAAUGAA